AUUCUAAUUUGGUUGAAGAAAUUCAAAAAUUUGAAUGUACAGGAUGCCGAUAUACACUUGCAAUAAAUGAAUUCAAUAAUUAUAAGAAUUCUAAUAAGCCCUUUUCGACUUGUAAUAAUUGUCGUAAUACACACAAA